AUGUGCCUUUUGCUAUAUGGGCUGAAUAUUCGGAGCGGCGAGCCGCCCACGCCCGAACCGUGGGCGCUAGGUGACCACAGUCAUACUCAAGCUAUUUUCUUUGAUAUUGCACCAUGGCGCACCCUUCACGGAAACCGUGUUUCUGUCGCUGCUCUCGUCAACCUGACCCGCUGGUACAAGUUCCUCGUAGACCUGUGCCCGUGGGCCACAUCAGCUUUUGAAUCAUUGAAGCUGCUUCUCGCGGGAAGAAGCUUGCUAAAUCCAAAGAGGGUGCCAGCUAUGAGAUUUCCCUGGGAUGGAUACCUUCAUAUUGGACAUGCUAAAGCCACUCUUUUGGUUUGUUUUCCCACUAUUCGUGGUAUUCGCCGUCGUGGUAUGACUAUUUCCGCGCUUCGCGAAUUCAUUCUCAAACAGGGUCCUUCUAAAGAUGUGAACCUACUUGACUGGGGCUUGAUUUGGGCCACUAACAAGAAGUACAUCGACCUGGUUGCCCCCCGCCCCCCCCGCUAUACAGCCAUUGAAAUCGAGGACAUUGUCAAGGCGAUUGCACUGCCAUUUUAA